AGCGCAGCUGAGGGGAAAACUCAGCCCCCCACUGUAAUGUGUGUGUGGAGACAAGCGAAGAGCAGGGUGGAAAAACUUUACUCUGAAACCUAUCAACCAGUUUGAUAGCCUCUGUAAACACAGCUCUGGAUUAUGCACCCGGGAGAAGAGAAGAUCUUUCUGCCUAGUAAAACAUUGCAUUUGUAAUUUCUGCGCUUCAGUAGCAGAGCGCAGUUUCCGGGAUAUCAGCCCUCUCUUUUGGGAAGAUUUGCUCUGCAUCAGUUGGGAUUUUGUCCGCUUUUCUUGACGUUGACCUGGCAACUUACACUCGUCAAUUAAUUCAUCUUCAUAAACCCUGCAGCCACAACUACAACAUGGAGACACAUAGAUAACAAGGAUGAACUCUUCGCUUGCAGAGAGAAGUUGAGCUCUGUGCUCGAGUUCAACAGGGCCACUUCCUGAUGAUGACAGUAAACAUGGAUGACGGUCUCCAAAAUGGACCCGGACAGCACAGGAACUCACAAGACGACGAGGAGGCUCUAAACUCCAUUAUGAAAGACCUGGCAGCCCUGGGUCGCUGCUACACCCAGCACAACAGCCACAAGCCUAAGAACAGAACCUUACUCUACAAACAGGAUUUAAGAGUCAAGCUGGAGCAUGAGAGAGAAAAACGAAUCAUCCCGUUCCAGAGGCCGCUUAAGAUUAAGGAGCUGCUGCAGAAAGUGACAGAGGCCUUCGGCCAGCAGAUGGAUAUGUUCUUCAUGGAGAAAGAGUUGCUCCUGCCCCUGAAGACCCAGGAGGACCUGGAUCAAGCCGUGCUGACGUUGGGCUGCAGCUCAGGGAUCAACGGGCUGCUCAGGAUACUGCUCAAGACACCCAAGAACAACCAUUACCUACAGGUGAACAGCAGGGACAAACAGAGCGAGAUGAGGUCAUCGCGGUCACUGGGAGAUCUGAAGGGCUCCCUGCUCAAGGGCUCGGACAGGGUGCGCAAACACUCAACAGGUUCCCUGCACACAGGUCGGACGUCCCCGCCUCCUGGCAGCGUCCCCGAGGAGCAGCAGCAGAUUGCACGCCAGGGCUCCUACACCAGCAUCCAUAGUGAAGGGGAGUUCAUCCCCGAGACCCACGACCAGAAUAUGCUGGAUCCCUUUGGGAGCGCAGACAACUCACUGUCGAGCAGCUGUCAAUCAAUAGAUCAAGCACUGGACAGUCCGCCUUUCUCGCAGAGCAACCGUGACAAUAAUUACCUGAACCUCAACUAUGACUACAAAGGUCGCCAUGGGAAAGGAGGGACUUUCCCUCGCCAGUUCCAGUUGCCCAAUCGCAGCAAGGAUUAUGGAGACCGGCGCAGGACACUUCCGCGCAGCUUCAUGCCUCAGGAGAACUUGUUUCAGCUGGUUCCUUCCAGUCGCACACGCAGUUAUAACGGAGACAGUACGCUGCAGUACAGCGACCUGCGCUCGCUGGGCCGCACCACUGACAAAAGCUGCCAGCGCGGCACAGCCAAGUCGCCGCGGGCACCAGUCAACUGGCGACAAGGAAAGCUCCUGGGGCGCGGGGCAUUCGGCGAGGUUUACCUCUGUUAUGACGCCGACACAGGCCGUGAGCUGGCCGCCAAGCAGGUGCCCUUUGAUCCAGACUGUCAAGAUACCAGCAAGGAGGUGAAUGCUCUGGAGUGUGAGAUUCAGCUGCUAAAGAAUCUGCGCCACGAGCGCAUUGUUCAGUACUAUGGCUGUCUUCGGGACCUCGAGCAAAAGAGGCUCACCAUCUUUGUGGAGUUUAUGCCUGGGGGCUCAAUAAAGGACCAGCUAAAAGCCUAUGGGGCCCUGACAGAGAAGGUGACAAGGCGAUACACCAGGCAGAUCCUCCAAGGAGUCUCCUACCUGCACAGCAACAUGAUUGUACACCGAGACAUCAAAGGUGCUAACAUCCUGAGAGAUUCAUCAGGGAAUGUGAAGCUGGGAGACUUUGGAGCCAGCAAACGUAUCCAGACCAUCUGCAUGUCUGGUACAGGAAUCAAGUCCGUCACUGGCACCCCCUACUGGAUGAGCCCGGAAGUCAUCAAUGGGGAGGGCUACGGCCGCAAAGCUGAUGUAUGGAGUGUUGCCUGCACUGUUGUGGAAAUGUUGACCCAGAAACCUCCAUGGGCGGAGUACGAGGCCAUGGCAGCCAUUUUUAAGAUUGCCACCCAGCCUACAAAGCCCAUGCUUCCCGAGGGCGUGUCCGACGCUUGCAGGGACUUCCUGCGGCAGGUGUUUGUGGAGGAGAAGUGGCGGCCCACUGCAGACGGUCUGCUCAGCCACCCGUUCGUCCAGGGCAGCUUCUGAGGCCUGAAGACCCCCUUCCCCUCCCCUGCCUGUGAGGCCUCUGCGGCCCUGGCACCUCCCCUCCUCUCCGGCGCCCGCCCCGUCCCCAGGGCCCCCUGUCACCAGGCUCCAGGGCUCAGCAUCACUCCAACGUCCUGCCCUGUCAUCUAUCACCAGUGUCGGCCUUGUCAGGACCCCUGCAUCUCUCACCAACUAGCGCAAUCUGGAUUUUUCCCCAAGAGGCCAGGUUGACUGCUGUCCUCCAGACCUCCAGAGUCCUCCGCGGCAUCGCAGUGUGUUGCCCCAGGAGGGGACUGACAAGAAAGCACUUAGCAGUCUCACGAGCUACAGACUGCUGUCCUUUAACAAGAGCAGACGACGUGACCCAAGUUAGAGAGCAGUGGUUUCUGAAGCUUUCUGGGUCUUUAUACUCAUUUACUGCCGCAGAACAGCGUCUCGAUUUGGCUAGACACCAUGUAAUUGUGAGUGACUAGUGACACUGAUCACAUCUGAUAGUACUGUAAGUACUUAUCCGCCUGAGUUAGCUGUGAGACUUAAGGUGGUAAAAUAUUUUUUAUAUGACAGACAAUAACACACAUAAAGUCAUCUUAGCAAACGGGUGUCCUGUCGUCACCUAAAAAAUGUCAAUGUAUUUUUGUGAACGCCUUACAGUAAGAAUUUGUAAGUAAGAAUGUUUUUGUUCUGUUUUUUCUUUACAUCUGAGGGUGGCAGUACCCUACUUUCAUAGCACUCACAGCCCCAUUCAGAAGGAUUGUCAACAUUGCACUUUUGAUAUAAUGCAUUGAAAUAUUUCCAACAUGCAGGAUAAUCAACUGAGGAGAUAUUUUUCUAUUUGAAGCAUUUUUUAUCUAAUUUCAUAAGGAGAAUUGUGUAGUGUGUGCCGAUGUAAAGAAGAAGAAAAAAAGAACCAAACUUUUGCAUUCAGUGUGCAAUGUCUAUUAAGCAAUACCAACACUACUGUAGGAGUCUGUGACAUCCAUUCCAGCUUCCCAUGCAGUGAGCCUUGUGUCCAGAGAAAAAAAGUGCCCAAAGAAAAGUUGCAGAGUCAGAAAUUUUCAACAACUUUAGGCUAAAGUUGAUGCGCAGUAUUAGUCAUGUUGGAUUGUUUUGUCACCUCAGAGCCCUUACAGCCUUUUCUAUGUUAUGGCAGCUUCGUGCACAGUACACUGCACAGACCAAAUCAGAUGCAUUGACGUCACAUUGUGUUAGUAUGAAAAGCAUUAUGAAAUUAGGUUGAAGUAAGCGUCUCAUUUACAUUUUUGUUUUUGUAACUUCAAUAUGAAUCCAGUCACCCCAUGCCUUUACUUUGCUUUCCAGACUAUGAAUAGGUCAAGUAAUGACUACUUGACAGCACAUCAUGUCAUGUGAGAUAAAGCAUAUUUCAAGUCGCCAAAAAAAGGGUCAAGUUGGACAGAACGAGCAAAAGGCUGUAUAAGUGGAGAUGAGAUGAUCCUUUAACUGGGGAGACUGAUGUUGGAGGUGUAAUGGCUACUUGUAACACAGUGGCACUCAAAGAACGAUCAAACCUUUUUUCCCCCUGUUCAGUGCCUUAUCUGAAUCUGCUUGUAAACACAAAUGUUCACUGCCAAAGCAGAAAGCUUCUUAAUAAGGUGAGCAGCUGUUCAGUAGAGAGCACACACAGGAUUUGCUGAAGUUCUUUUAUAUGGAAAAAAAAAAAAAGAUUAUACUGUAAAUACAUAUUGUUCUGCACUUUUGUAUGAAAAUUCCUUACAUUAUAUACAAAUCUAUUUGACGAAAUAGCUACGUUAUACAGUAGACUGUACUGUGAUUUAGACAGAAGUAUUUGUCUCUUUGAGAGCUGGUAGGCAGUAUGAAAAGGCUGGGAGGCUUUCGAUUGGGACAGUUUGUUUUGUCUUAAUGAAAAAGCCUUGAAACAUGAAAUGUAUCAAGUCAUUGAUCUUUUGUACAUUUAACUUAAUAAAUCCAAGGUCUAAGACUAUA